AUGGCUGAAGGAUAUGGAGAGAAUCUUCGAUGCGAAGAUGUGUCACUAGAGAACAAGCUGGCAUUUGCGGUGUACAUGCUCACCAGUGACACAGAAAAGUUUGAGAAUGGUCUAAAGGAAGACAUCUGUUUGAUGGUUGCCACACUGUCCAUCAAGGAUUUCGCAGCCUUGGUGGAGAAGAACCAACAGAGGAAUAGAGGCAACAGGGCUCAGGCAGUAGGCCGAGUAUACGCCAUGAUUGGAGUUGAGGCAGCUAGUUCAGGUAACCUUGUUAUAGGUCUUUGUGUGAUAGCUGGAGUGAAUUAUUGUGUGUUGUAUGACUUUGGAGCGACACACUCAUUUGUGUCAGAAGCUUGUGUGAAGAAGUUAGGUCUGUCGGUGUUUGAGCUGCAAUGUGAUCUUGUGGUAUCUACACGGGCGUCGAGUAUGGUCAGGACAUUGUCCUUGUGUGCUAGAUGUCCAGUGGAGGUAGAGGGAUGCGUAUACAAAGUAAAUCUAAUAUGUCUACCUCUACAAGAGUUGGAGGUGAUCUUCGGGAUGGAUUUGCUCUUUGCCAAUUACAUUCUUAUAGAUUACCGAGAGAAAAGGCUAUUUUUUCCCAACUCAAAGGAGCUUGAGUUGGUAUCGUCUCAAGGGGUCAUGAAGGAGAUACAAGAUGGCGCACAAUGCUUCAUAAUUUUCACUCAUCUAGAGGUGGAGAAAAAGGAAGGGAAGUUUGUUAUACCGCUAGUGUACGAGUUUGAGGAUGUGUUCUUGGAGGAAGUACCAGGAUUGCCUCCCAGUAGAGAAGUUGAGUUCUCUAUUGAUCUGGUACCAGUAACCGAUCUAGUGUCGAUGACUCCAUAUCGUGUGGCUCCGACAGAGUUGGUAGAACUCAAGAAUCAGAUAGAGGAGCUAUUGGGGAAACAAUUCAUAUGA